CUUCUUAUUUGGGCGGACGUCCCACCCUCCGGCUGUUUCGGGUGGCUGACACCCGGCUGCAGAAGUGAUGGCGGCUUUGACUGAUGUGCAGCGGCUGCAGUCCCGAGUGGAGGAGCUGGAGCGCUGGGUGUACGGGCCGGGCGGGACCCGAGGCUCCAGGAAGGUGGCUGAUGGUCUGGUCAAGGUGCAGGUGGCUUUAGGGAACAUUGCCAGUAAGCGGGAGAGGGUGAAGAUUCUCUACAAAAAGAUUGAAGACCUGAUCAAAUACCUGGACCCCGAAUACAUUGAUCGCAUCGCCAUACCUGAUGCCUCAAAGUUGCAAUUCAUCUUAGCAGAGGAGCAGUUCCUCCUUUCCCAGGUGGCCCUCUUGGAACAAGUGGAUGCCUUGGUGCCCAUGCUGGACAGUGCUUCUAUCAAAGCUGUUCCUGAGCAUGCUGCCCGCCUGCAGCGCUUGGCCCAGAUCCACAUCCAGCAGCAGGACCAGUGUAUGGAGAUCACUGAGGAGUCCAAGGCUCUCCUGGAGGAAUAUAACAAGACUACACUGCUUCUCUCCAAGCAGUUCGUGCAGUGGGAUGAACUACUCUGCCAGCUUCAGGCUGCCAAGCAAGUGAAGCCAGCAGAAGAAUGACAGCGGCUUACGUGCCAGGCCAGCGGAAGGGAGCCAGCACCAGGGCCCUGUGCCGCCCUGGCUUCGUGAGGCAGAGGUUCAGUCCAGAGACUUCCUGUCUGCUCAGCCAGGGCUCUGAGGUCGGAGCAGGUUACCCCAGUCAUGACCCGCACUCCCCAUCAGUGUAUUUAUUCCAAUGACAAUAAACUGUAGAGACCACUGAA